AUGGACGAUACUGAAGGCGCUGUAACUGCUCUUCCCAAAGACAACAAAUUCACAGAUGGUGAAUCCGAAAGCUUGCAGUUCUCCUCCAGUGAAGAACGUCAUCUUCUACGUCUAUUCGACAUAUGUAUCCUGCCGCCCUUGACUUUCAUGUACCUCUGCAACGCCCUUGACAAGGGCAACGUAGGUAAUGCAAAGACAGAUGGAUGGGACCACGACCUUGGCCUUGUAGGAAACCAGUACUAUCUUCUUGUGAUGAUCUUCUAUGUUUUUGGCACACCGAUUAGUCUUUUAGUUAAACGGUUUUCUGCCGCUCGAGUGUUACCUCUAAUGAUGAUGGGAUUUAUAUUUGCUAUUCGUUUCUUCCUUGGUAUCUUUGAGUCGGCGAUGCUGCCUGGUGUGGUCUUCUAUCUAUCCACGUUCUACAAGCGUAGCGAGCUUGCAUCUCGUGUCGGCCUAUUCUAUGCCGCGGCUGCUAUCGCCGGUGCAUUUUCAGGUCUUAUCGCUUUCGGGGUCUUUCAGAUUAAAAAUACGAAGUACCAUGGAUGGCAAUACCUUUUCUGGAUCGAAGGUGCUAGCACUUGUACCUUUGCCAUAUUUGCUUACUUCUGGCUUCCCCGCUCACCAUCUACUUGGGCUUUCCUCACUGAACGUCAGAAAGCCAUAGCCCGGUCACGUAUCCUAGCAGACUCUUCCGUAACAAGCCCCUUAUACUGGCUCUGGGCUGUUAUCAGUUUGAGCUUGGGUGUUCCUUUGGCCUCUGUCAAUAACUUCCUUCCCCAGAUCGUAGCGAGCUUAGGAUACUCUACAAUUAAGACAAAUUUAUACACAGUCGCACCGAACAUAGUCGGGACGGUGUCACUUUUGGUCCUCACGUUUUCAUCUGACUACUUCUUGGAGCGCUCGAUACAUAUCUGCAUACCUUUGGCCACAACUCUUGUUGGAUUUAUCGUCCUUGGGUCUAUUGACGUGGUAGUACAUAGAGGGGUAGCAUACUUUGCUUGCUUCCUUUUGACCAUGGGGGCUUCAGCGCCAUCCGUAUUGGUUGCAACAUGGUAUAAUAAUAAUACGCCUCAAGAGUCGCGGCGUGCGGUUGUCACUGCUGUAAUGGUUGCCAUCGCCAACGCAUCAGGACUAAUUUCUACCAAUGUUUUCAGAGAGCAGGACGAGCCAAAAUACAUCCCAGGUACUCAACAGACUUUUCCCCUUGCAAAAUUACCAAUAGAACUGACUGCGUCAACGGGAAUAUGGAUGCGUCUCGAAAAUAGAAGGAGGAAUAAAGCCCAAGGGGUCAGUGAUAAUUUCACGGCAGCCGAUGUUCAUACAGAAUCACUUGGGGAUGGUCAUAAAUCCCCCGAGUUCCGGUACAUGUAUUAG